UCCACCGUGCCUCCUUGACUUCAGCCGGAUGCCAGAGACUGAAGCAGCUGCUCAGCUUUGCCAUCGGCGGGCUGCUCGGCGAUGUGUUCCUCCACCUCCUGCCUGAAGCAUGGGCCUACUCCUGCAACGGGACUGGCACAGAUGGAUCAGCAAGUCAAGAGCGCUACAAGCUCCUGGGCCUGUGGGUGAUUGUGGGACUGUUGUCCUUCCUCAUCCUGGAGAAGAUGUUUCCCGACAGAGAGAACCAGGAUGACCCAGAGGGAGAGGGAGAGCGCCCGUCCUCAGCUGGCUGCUCAGGCUCCGAGCUCCAUUGUGGACAAAUGAGCUGCCCUCGAGAGAGGCUGUUAAUGCACUCUAAUGGCCACUGCAGUCACUCCAAUCCCUCAGCCAUGAAGCAGAAGAUGACACUCCACCAGCCUGCAGACAAAAUCAAGACGAGUGGCUACCUGAACCUGUUGGCUAACUGCAUCGAUAACUUCACCCACGGCCUGGCCGUCGCCGGGAGUUUCCUCGUCAGCAGAAAAGUUGGCUUCCUGACAACCCUGGCCAUUCUCCUUCAUGAAAUCCCUCAUGAGGUGGGUAAAUAUCCGGGAGGGGGGGGCUGUCUAAAUUUUGACUGCUCAGACCUGUGUGGCAGGAACGCUGCUUGAAGAAUGAUGCUCCUGC